CGCCCGCACAGCCCCCGAGCUCAGCAUGCGUCCUGCAGCCAUCAGGAACUUCUUGCUGCUGGCCUCCUCCCUUCUCUUCGCGGGGCUGUCAGCUGUUCCUCAGAGCUUCUCGCCAUCUCUGAGAAUUGGGCCGGGUGCCGCGUGCAGGCUGUCCCGGGCCGAAUCGGAGCGCCGGUGCCGCGCGCCCGGGCAGCCCCCAGGGGGCGCUCUGUGCCAUGGCCGCGGCCGGUGCGACUGCGGGGUCUGCAUCUGUCACGUGAAUGAGCCCGGCGUGUUCUUCGGGCCCCUGUGCGAGUGCCACGAGUGGGUGUGCGAGACGUACGACGGGAGCACUUGCGCAGGCCAUGGUAAGUGUGACUGUGGCAAGUGCAAAUGUGACGAAGGAUGGUUUGGGGAUGCCUGCCAAUACCCAGCUCACUGUGACCUGACAAAGAAAAAGAGUAACCAAAUGUGCAAGAAUUCUCAAGAUGUCAUCUGCUCCAAUGCAGGUACAUGUCACUGUGGCAGGUGUAAGUGUGAUAAUCCAGAUGGAAAUGGCCUUGUUUAUGGUAAAUUUUGUGAGUGUGAUGAUAGAGAAUGCAUAGAUGAUGAAACGGAAGAAAUAUGUGGAGGCCAUGGAAAGUGUUACUGUGGAAACUGUUACUGCGAGGCUGGUUGGCAUGGCGAUAAAUGUGAAUUCCAGUGUGAUAUCACCCCCUGGGAGAGCAAGCGAAGAUGCACAUCUCCAGAUGGCCAAAUCUGCAGUAACAGAGGGACUUGUGUGUGUGGUGAAUGUUCUUGCCACGAUGUUGACCCAACUGGAGACUGGGGAGAUAUUCACGGGGACACCUGUGAGUGUGACGAAAGGGACUGUAGGGCCGUCUAUGACAGAUACUCUGAUGACUUCUGUUCAGGUCACGGACAGUGUAAUUGUGGAAGAUGUGACUGCAAAGUAGGCUGGUAUGGGAAAAAGUGUGAGCACCCACGUUCCUGCCCACUGUCAGCAGAGGAGAGCAUCAGAAGGUGCCAAGGAAGCUCGGAUCUACCUUGCUCUGGAAGGGGUAAAUGCGAAUGUGGCAAGUGCACCUGCUACCCUCCGGGAGACCCCAGGGUGUACGGCAAGACGUGUGAAUGCGACGGCCGCCGCUGUGAAGGCCUGGACGGCACGGUCUGUGGGGGCCACGGCACGUGUUCCUGUGGUCGCUGCGUGUGUGACAGAGGCUGGUUCGGGACGCUCUGCCAGCACCCGCGGAAGUGUAACAUGACGGAGGAACAAAGCAAGAGUUUGUGUGAAUCAGCAGAUGGCAUAUUGUGCUCGGGGAAGGGUUCUUGCCACUGUGGGAAGUGCAUCUGCUCUGCUGAAGAGUGGUACAUUUCUGGAGAGCUCUGUGACUGUGACGACAGGGACUGUGACAAGCACGACGGCCUCAUUUGCACAGGGAAUGGAAUAUGUAGCUGUGGAAAUUGUGAAUGCUGGCGCGGAUGGAAUGGAAAUGCGUGUGAGAUCUGGCUCGGCACAGACUAUCCUUAACGACCCCGUGGGACAGGACUGCAUUCUUAUGUUUGUAGACCAUUAGGACACAUAAACGCAAAGGAAACCAUGUAUAAUCACCACUAGGACAGGUCAAAUAGACUAUUGCAUGUUUUUCUAUUUCUGAAUGCCUGAGUGAAGGCUGGGCACCCAUUAAAAAACAAGUUAGGCAAAAAUCUGAUGUAAAUAAGGCCAGAAAGAAUUUUUCCUCCAGAAUUUACACCUGUGGUUCUCAACAAGGGUGACUUUGCCACCCCAGAAAACAUUUGGUGACGUCUGCAGAUAAUUUCGAUUGUCACACUGGGUGGGCUGGGAGGGCAUGCUACCGGCCUCUAGUGCAUGGAGGACACAGAUGCUUCUACGAACAUCCCACGGGGCACAGGACAGCCCCAUGACAAAAAGUUCUCUGACUCCAAAUGUCAAUAGUGCCGGAGUUGAGAAACACUGAAUUACAUGGUUGUUACAAAGGCCACAAAAAAAGUGGUCACAAAAAAAACCACAUUUGAAUCUAAGGAAAAGAUAUAUCCUCACAUAAAUCCAUCCAUCAUAUUUUUUCAGAUUCCUUAUCACUCAGCAUUUCCAUUUGGAGUCAGUAAAGACAAACGGGCACAAGGGCUAGUGUCGGGGGGACUAAAGGCUGGAUCACCAGUGCUUUUUAAAGAAAAAGACUGGUCAGGUUGAGCCAGUAAUUCAUGCAUCUGAUCUCACUUUAAAUUCACAAAAGAAGAUUCCCUUAUGAAGGAAGUAUGAAAAGUGUACAAUUUAACAUUUUUAAUAAAUAGUGACGUUAAGUUGCUUACAAUCUGUGUCAAUAUAUAUUUACCUACUGAUGAUUAACAACAACAACAAAAAAAUGAAUUGGUAUUCAGGGGCACCUUCUGUUACUAGAUCGUUUUGUAAACUGGGCAGGGAGGGGUUAGGUGUAAAAGGAAUUUGAUUUCUCACUAUUGUAAAUUGCGCCAUGGUAACUUGCCUUUUAGAAAGAAUAUUUAAUUGGACAUAGGAUGGGCCUGAAAUAUGCAUUCAUUUCCCUUAAAAUAUUCUUAUUUCUAAGCAUACAUUAUUUACUGAAAAAGCAUCAUGCAAAGAAGUCAAGAAGAGAUACUAUGAUCAAAUGGCACCAGUCUCAAAGCUCAGAAGAUUAAAAAAAAAAAAAUCUAGAAAUGUCUUAAGUAGAAAUUACAAAUAUUCACUCAGUGAUAGGAACAAAAUGUUUAUUUUCUUAAUGGUGAAAUUUUGCUCUGUAUGAAAUUCACAUUGAAUUAUGAAAAUGUACAAUAAUUAGGACUUCCCUUACAUAUUUACAGUUAAAUCUACUUACACACAUUAGUUUAGGCAACCUUUAAUUAUUUGGAGCUAAAAAAACCCACUUUUUUUUCUAAAUGUGAAUUAUAUUUUGUAAAAUCCUAGAGUAAUGUAACAAAAUCAUUUCCGCAUUGUUUAAGAUGAAAAUUUUUACUUGGAAAUUUUACUUGAUGAUGUAAAUAUCCUAGAGUCAUGGCUUGGACUUUAUUAAGUCAAAUCACCAAAAAAUAAGGAAAAUAUGCAUUUGCCGAGUUACUUAAAAAUUUAAUAUUGAAAGUUAUUUAAGAGAAAAUUUAUCUGAUGCUGACUUUGAUAGUACUAAUAGUGUUCUCAUACUUUAAUAGAUUUAUAAAAUUGUUAUCUCUAUCCUGAGAUGAUGGAAGUGCAACCAUAUUAGUUGUAUCUCUAUUAUUGAGUAUGUCCGUUGAUAUAUCAGUUUUGUAAAACGAGGGAAAUAUAAGCAGUUUAGAAAUCAUAUAGAUGAUAUUCUUUCCUCCUCUCUAUCUAAUCAUUUUUAGCCUCAAACAUAUUGUAAUUAUUCAGUAGCAGUUUUGAUGACCGGACGAUGUGCAAUCAUCAGAAUUCACUACAUCAUGCAGCUUCCCACACUGCAGAACUCUGCUUUCCAUAAAGGACCAGUCAAUACUUUAGAUUCUGUGGGCCACUGACCUCUCUGUUGCGUGUUCUUCUCUGUUUGUUUGUUUUUAACACUUUAGAAGUAUAAAAGGAAAAACAGAACACUCAUUCUGAGCUCCUGGGCCAUACAAAAACAGACCGCAUGCUGGAUGUGGCUCCCAGCUGAGCAGUAAGUAGUUUGCCAGCCAUGUUCUACUGGAGAUGCCCUUAAUUCAUUCCCUUUGUCUUAUCCUGUAUUCCUGGGUGCGUCUUAGUUUUCUCCUAACUCCCUCUGUUUGUUAUCCCUUUGUACUAACUAAAAUGAAAGGGCUUCAAUUUUUAUGUUUUCAUAUAAGGAAAAUGUCCUCAGCAUGUAUGGUUUUUUUUUUUUUUUGAGAAAAGGUUUCAAUAUGGAGAAAUUAUUAUACUAUGAAGAUUGAAAUGUGAUUUGUCCAAAUUUUUUGACAAGGCUGAAAAUACAGUCAGCUAUAUUCCGGGUUCAUUUAGCUACAAAUUAUUGAACCAAAACUGAGUGAUAGCCUAAGUCACAUGGUACCUAAUCUCUAAGGAAUAUUUUUCUUUUAAAACAGAAAUAUUUUCUUUUUACUUCUUUCUGUCUGCUAUAUUUCAUAUGUGUGUAUGUGAUUUUGACUCUAGCAAUGCAAACAUCAAUAGAUAUAUUAAGAAGUUAUUUAAUUUACAUGUUUAAAUUGGAAAAAAUAAAAUAUAGUUACAUGUAAAGACGUAAAUCCUACCCUUCUUCAAUGUGAUUUUGUAUUUUGACUUUCAAUCCCAUUACUAAGAUAAAAACUCCCUCUUUCAAACAAAGGCAGGGCAGGAACCAACUUGUAACAGGUGAAAGGGGAAAUGUGCGAAUCUCUUCGGCUUGUUCGAGUUCCUGUGACAGGGAGAUUAACGUCAGUUGGGAAGGGAUGUGACAGGACACGUUUGCUGCUGCUGUUGGCACGCGCCAUGCUUGUUGGCAAACCAUCACCGAGGAAUUCUUCCCCAAGGACUUUUCAAUAUAAUUCGAAUUGGGUCCUAAGACCCAAGAGGACAUUUUACCCCAUUUUCUCCCUGCACCCUUCAGCUAAUCCAAAUGCCUGCAGCACCUUGAAAGGAAUGGCUUCCACCACAUCAAAUACAAACACAAUCUCUGCCAGCAAACAUCGGGAUUAGACCGAAUGAUACAGAAAACUGAGAACAAAUCAAAACAAAUCACAACUCAGCCUUUGUUUGCAGACUCCCUGUCAAAACUUUGA